AUGUCACUGAUUCAUGCUCUUGUGGCCAAAGGGACCACUGUUCUUGCGGAACACAAAGCGGGCGGUCGGGAUUUCUCACAAGCUACGCAAACUAUAUUGUCCAAGAUUCCGCCAAACAACAGCAAACUCACAUAUGCUUGGGAACAAUACCAAUUUCACUACAUCUCUGAAGAUGGAUACACUUACCUCGUCAUGGCAGACGACUCUGUAGGGCGGAGAACAUCAUUUGCCUUCUUGGCUGACCUUCAACGCAAGUUUACGGCUGCUCCGUCGUCGUCGUCGUCAUCAUCUCAAGAUGAGAUACCCGCGUACAGCCUUCAAGGGAGCUUCGGACCAACGAUCUCGGCUUUGCUCCAGACCUACAACACUGCGCCUCCCUCGGACGAACUCGCGCGUGCACAAAAUGAAUUGAAUCAAGUAAAAGACAUUAUGGUUCAAAACGUGGAGCAGAUUCUCAGCAGGGGUGAGCGUAUUGAGCUGUUAGUGGAUAAGACGGAUGUCAUGGCAGGUCAGGCGACGGCUUUUCGCAGAGGCGCUCGGAGCGUCAGGAGGCAGAUGUGGUGGAAGAACAGCAAGAUGAUCGCUCUUUCGGUCGUCGUAGCGCUUUUUUUGUUAUGGCUUUUGAUGGCUCAAUUUUGCGGUGCUGGGUUGAAUCAUUGUUCGUCCCAAACUUAGGACACUCUCCUUUUAUCUCGGACGUUCGAAUCUGCCCUAUCUACUCGGCCUGGAUGAUUCUUGAUUUCCUCUUCUACAGUAUUAUUGUCUAACAUGUACAGAAUUUCUUGUUUUUAUAGCAACGAUGCCGGAAAUGCAUCAAUUCAUGCUUA